AUGGAGAUUAUAUUGCUGAGCUUCCUGAUAACAAAUGUGCUUGCAUUAUGCUCGUUUACUCAGCACUGCUCACAGCCUCCUUAUAUAUGUGAAGCACCAGUGGCUCUUAAUCCUCAUAUUCCGCCGUUUAAAGAGAACUUUACAGCUCCAUAUGCAUGCCCCACAUUCUUAGGCCAAGAUGUAAAGCUUGAUCACUGCUUUGGAUCAAAUUUGGCUGAGGUCUGGAGGUAUCAGAUGGGGAGCUAACGACACCAACUUUUGCUUGCAAAGUCAACUCAUAGAUGGUAAAUCUCCAAUAGCAAGAGGAAUUGCCAUCUGGGAAUUGACUUUGCCAGUAAAUGUUGGCUAAUCAACUCCCAUCGGACGUCUCCCUGACAUCCAAAGCAGGGAUCAGGCUAUAUGCUGCAAUGAUGACCAAAAUUCAGCUAUGAAUUAUUUUUUUUAUUUUUUUUUAAUUUUUUUCUGCUAAAACUGAUUUUUUAUUUAAAAAAUUUUAGCUAUGAAUUAUAAGUUUUUUUUAUUGGAUGAGACAUUUGGACAUUCUGUCGGAGGGUGCGAUAUAUGCGCUGCUAAUAUGAAAUACAUGUGGUGUCAAUUCACAUGCAAUCCUAAUCAAGCACAAUUUGUACAAGCUGGAAUUAAUGAAUUUGUUCCAAACCCUGUGGACCCACAACAAAAGAUAUGGACUAUGCUGUCGAAUUUUACUGUAACGAACUCGUUGGCUUGCGAAAUUUAUCAGUCCUGCCAGAAAUGUCCUUAUGUUACACAGGUCUCGGCAAUGCAAAGUCCUGAAGGAUUUUUGCAGUUCCAAGGGUAUGAAGGUAUUUCUAUAGGGCUUGUGUGGACGACUUUUCAGUUUUCAGAUGGGCCAGAAGCUUUAGAUUUGACAUUUUUCCCAUGUAAUUCUAAUGUGACAAGUGUAUGGGGAUAUCCAAUACAGCCAUGCACCUGCAAUACAUGCUUGAAUUCUUGUGCUGCAAGCUAUUACGUCUCUUCCCCCACAACUUUAGAAGGGCUUGAUUGGCCUGUAGUCGGAAUCGCCUAUCUUGUAAUUCUUGGUGUCUCAAUGAUCAUAUUUUUCUCAAAGUUUGCUUGGAAAAAGCAUCUAGAGAAAAAAAUGCGAGAUAUCCAGCCUUAUGUAGCCCAUGAUCCUGCAGACAGCAUAAGUAGUUUAACUUCGUAA